AUGCAAGAGGACACUGAUAGUGACAUCGAAGAUUCAUCUAACGAGAUUAUUGCAUUUCGAGUUGGCCAAGCUUUUAGUAGUAAGGAUAGUUUCAGAAAGGCGAUUGACAAAUAUGCUGUGGAUAUGACGAGAAAUAUACGGUAUAAGAGAUCUGAAACUACUAAAGUAGGCGCUGUUUGUGCAGAAAAGGGAUGUCCUUGGAAUAUAUAUGCGUCUAUAAACAGUUCAAGUAAAGAUAUGGUUGUGAGAACUUUCGUUGGAAAGCACACAUGCUCAUGGAAUGGUAAAGUUCAGUUAUUAACUUCGAGGAAGAUCUGUGAUAAGUUCAUCGAUGAAUUCAGAAGAAAUCCUGGUCUAAAAGCUGGUGAAAUUAGGGAUAGGUUACGGACUAAUGAUCGACUAUUAGUCUCAAAGGAUAAAUGCCGGGAGACGCGAAGAAUUUGUACUAAAAUGAUUGCUGAUGAAUAUGAAGAACAAUUUACAAGAAUGUAUGAUUAUGUAGGUGCACUUAAGGAGUCGAAUCCUGGCUCUACGGUAAUUUUGGGAACAAAGGCUAAGGUUUUUGACAAAUUCUAUUCAUGCUUUGCUGCAAUGAAAGAAGGGUGGAAAAAUGGGUGUAGACGUAUUCUUCAUUUGGAUGGAACAUUCAUGAAAGGGAAAAUAAAAGGUGAAGUACUUACAGCUGUUGGCCGAGAUGCUAAUGAUAAAAUGUUUCCUGUUGCAUGGGCUAUUGUUUCUGUGGAGAACAAGCCAAAUUGGGAAUGGUUUAUGACAUUACUGCAAGAGGAUUUGGACCUUGGUUCAGGAAAUGGUCUAACUCUUGUUUCAGAUCAACAGAAGGGUCUAAUUGCAGCAAGAGACUCUGUUCUUCCUCAUUGUGAGCAUAGAAUGUGUGCUAGGCACAUAUGGGCUAACUUGUACAAGAAGUUCGGGGAUGAAACAGGUCUCUUACAUAUUGCAUUCUGGAAGAUGGCAAAAGCAUAUAAUAUGAGAGUUUUUGAGCAAAGAGUAGAAGAUUUUAAGCUUUUAAAUCAUGAAGCUUAUGAACGUCUUAUGCGAUGGUCUGCAUGUCACUGGUCCAGAGCUUUCUUCACAGGUUUUGCUAAGUGUGAUGCUGUUGAGAACAAUAUGAGUGAAUCGUUUAACAAUGUCAUAGAUGAUGGACGGUUUAAACCAUUGGUUGGGUUGCUUGAAGAUAUUAGGAUACAUGUCAUGACAAGCAAUGAAGGAAAGAUACGCAUGAUAGAAGAACACGAAGGAGAGACAUGUAGCAACUGUCUUAAAAAAGGACAUACCAAGCGAACAUGCUCAAAUGAAAAAGCUAUUGUUCCCCCAAAGAAGCCUCGAGGUCGUCCAUCGAAAAAUCAGCCGAGUGAAGAACCAUUGGUGGAGACAACACCUACACUUCAAAGCCAGCCAACACCCACAUUUCAUAACCAGCCGACACCCGCAUUUCAUAGCCAACCGAAUGUUCCUAUAGAGAGUCAUGGUGUUUUUCACAGUCCACUAACAGGAGACGACUAUAUAUGUGUUGGCCGAAGUGUUCGAGACAUGAGCACUAACAUUGUGCUAUCUUCAUCACUUUUCAGAGAGCACGAACGAAACAAGUUGAAUAUUAAACGGCGCAAAACAUGA